CUGGGAGAGUGCGUGCCUGAGUGUGUGUGUGUGUGUGAGAACUGAGACGUGAAAAGCAAGAGAGGAGCGAUGGCGAUCAGGAAGGACGAGGCGGUGUGUGUUACAGGAGGAAGCGGCUUCAUAGGCUCUUGGCUGGUUCGUCUUCUCCUCGACCGUGGCUACACCGUCCACGCCACCGUCAAAGAUCUCAAUGAUGAUAGAGAAACGAAGCAUCUGGAAGCCCUAGAAGGAGCAGACUCGCGUCUCCGUCUCUUCCAGAUCGAUCUCCUCGACUACGAUUCCCUCCUCGCCGCUAUCAAUGGCACCGUCGGUGUUUUCCACCUGGCUUCCCCCUGUAUUGUCGAUCGAGUUCUGGAUCCCCAGAAAGAGCUUUUGGAGCCGGCGAUCAGUGGGACGAUAAAUGCACUAAAAGCGGCGAAGGAGUGCGGGGUGAGGCGAGUGGUUGUGACCUCAUCGAUAUCUGCCAUCGUUCCCAGCCCCAACUGGCCUGCCGAUGUCAUCAAGAACGAGGAUUGCUGGACGGAUCUCGACUACUGCAAUCAUAAAGAGAUCUGGUAUCCCGCUUCUAAAACAAUGGCGGAAAAAGCUGCAUGGGAGUUUGCUGAGAAGGAAGGCUUGGACGUCGUUGUUGUCAAUCCUGGCACUGUGAUGGGCCCUGUUCUUCCUCCAACCCUUAAUGCAAGCAUGACCAUGCUUCUUCGCCUUCUUGAAGGGUGCACUGAAGAGUAUGAGAAUUAUUUUAUGGGAUCUGUUCAUGUGAAAGAUGUAGCUUUAGCUCACAUCUUAGUAUAUGAGAACAAAUCAGCUUCAGGAAGACAUCUGUGUGUUGAAGCCAUAUCUCAUUAUGGUGACUUUGCAGCUACAGUUUCUGAACUUUACCUUGAAUACAAGUUGCCCAGGUUGCCAAAGGAUACCCAGCCAGGAUUAUUGAGGUCGAAGAAUGGAUCGAAAAAGCUAAUGGAUCUAGGUCUCCAAUUUGCCUCCAUGGAGGAAAUCAUCAAGGAUUCCGUAGAGAGUUUAAAGAGCAAAGGGUACAUUUCCUGAAUGACUUUUGCUGUUCGGUGAAUAUGCCCUCACCUAAUCCAUCUACAU